AUGCCGAGAAGAAAAGUCACAGUAUCUUUCACCAUGAGGGACGAACAAGAACCUCUUCACCGAUCAGGAGUGAAUGCACUUCAGUUAGACAAAAAAACAGGGCGUUUGUAUUCGGCGGGUCGUGAUUCUAUAAUUCGAUGUUGGAACACAAAUGCAGAGCAAAAGGUAUUAUGGAAUUUCUCUUAGUUUUAUGUCAACAAGAAGAAACAAUUAUCAUUAUUAUUACUAAAUUUUGCAAAGGAGGCCAUUCUUUUCCAAAUAUUUUUCGCUGAUUUGAAGUUAUGUUUAAAUAUUCAAAUCUUUGGUAAGCUUACAUACUAUACUUCUUGCCAUUAAAGAAAGCAUUAUUUUAGUCGAUAUGUCUACAGUUCACAGCACUCUUUCAGUUUAAUGUUCUGAUAUAAGCCUUUAACGCCUUUAAUGGGGUCGUUUAGGCUUGUUACUACAGACUAUUCCAAGAAUUUAGCUUUUAGCUUCUGCGCUAUAUUACCGUUUCCAUCAGUUGUAAACUUACGUACAGCUAAGAAUACAAGACUUUUGCGAGAUGAAAUGUUUCUUUUCUCCCUGUAGAACUGUUAUAUGGCAUCUAUGGAGCACCACACGGACUGGGUGAAUGAUAUAGUUCUUUGCUGCAGCGGUAGAAUAAGUAAGAAAAUUAAAUAGUAGUUGUAUUUGAUUGCUAUUAGAAACUGUCUAAACCAUGUAAUACUAAAACAAUGAUAUACUUGAUUAAAACCUAUUAUUGUAAACUACCGUAUUUAUUCGAUUAACCGCCCUGGGCGCUUAUUAAAUUUUUGGACCUUGAGAGUGGGCGGUUAUUCGAGGUGGGUGAAUAUUCGAGGCUGGGCGCUUAUUAAAUUUUCACCAUUUUCAGCAAGUGAAGUAUGUUUAUUUUGCAACAAAACAAUAAAUGCUAAUAACAAAACACAAAGAGGUAACAAAGCAAGGUUUCUGUAAAUACUCUGAAGAAAACUCUGUCCUCGGGAAAGUCUCUUAUUAGAAUUUAUUCACUUAAGUGGGUGGGGUGGGGGUGAGCGCUUAUUUGAGUUUGACUGGGAGGAGGAGGGGGCGGGGGCUUAUUCGAGGCUGGGCGCUUAUUAACUUUUUCUGCCUUUAGGAUGGGCGCUUAUUUGAGGUGGGCACUAAUUCAAGGUUGGGCGCUUAUUCGAAUAAAUAUGGUAAUUAAUAUCUUUUCAAAAAAAAUCAACGGAAUCAAUGAGAUACAUUAGUGUUAUGUCAAAAAGUCAACCUAAAUGAAAACUACUGCAAAAUACAUGCUUGAAAUGCCACAUUACUGCCACAAAGUCUAAGAUUACUCAAUACGGUGGAACCUUCAUAUAACAUACCUCUAUAUAACAAAGUCCUCGGUAUAAUGAAUGAUUUUCUUUGCCCCAGUAAUAGUAGGCUAUAUGGAAAAGAUUCUUAAUAUAAUGAAUCGAAACCUUGUUAUUGCAAACAAAUUUUGCCAGUCCCUUGGCCGUUAUUAAUCACAACGAGGUUUCACUGUACAUGAAAAAAAGGCCAAGAACGUAAUGCUGCCAACACACUAUCCUGCUCAUGCAAAAUCAAUGUCCAGAUUGACCGUCAUGAUCUAUAUUUGUACACAUUUGUACCCUCAGUAUUGUCAGCAUCGUCUGAUACAACGGUCAAAGUCUGGGACUCAGCACGUAGCUUCUGCAUGUCGACACUCCGCACCCAUAAGGACUAUGUAAAGUCACUGGCUUAUGCCAGUAGCAGGGAAAUGGUAGCUUCUGGUGGAUUGGACAGACAAAUUUUCCUUUGGGAUGUCAACACUUUAACAGCUCUUACAGCCACAAAUAACACAGUCACAAGUAAGUUGCAUUUUUUUAUUUAAUUUUUUCCCAGAAUGAUAAAAUGAUUAAUAUUUGGGUUUGUUUUGCUUUUAUUUGAAUUGAAGUAGUAUGAGAUUGAAUAAGAGACUCGUACACUGAGACACUCCUGUAUUUAGAGGGGGUGACUGAAGUGAUUUACUUACAGUGAACCCCAGAUCGAUCAUAUCAUUCAAAAGUACAUGUAUGCCUAUUGGUACACCUUGAGGAAUGACCUCAUAUUGUCUCUGAAUUUAACCUGCUUCUGUGCAAUAUGGAUACCUGUUUAUGUGGGCAGUUGACACUUUUUUUUUUAGUCCAGUCACUGAGUUUUGAUAGAAAAUUUGGUUUUGCUAAAUACAUUGUGCACAUCCAUAUGAAAAUGUUUGUUCUAUUAUGCUUUACUUCUUUAGAGGCAAAUAACUUUUUGUAUGCCAGCGUAUGGAUGUUCACAGCCCAAAUCAGGCCAAAGCCACAAAGUCUUUCAGACAUUAAUAAGUGCAGAAUAUUAAUUUUCAUGAUAAUUGACAACAAAUACCAGUACACUUUAUAAUCUGCCAACUGUAUAGCUUAAAUAAAUUAUGUGUGUUAAGGCAACUUUGUCAUGUUCUCAUAGACUUAUGCCAUGAAGCAAUGACUAUUUUACUUUGAUUUACAAGAAGAGUCACACGCACAUGUAAUUUGUUGAUGCUGAUCUAUCUAUAUUCUUAAACUAAUAAUUAUUUUCAGAACUUACUGUCUUCUCCUUAGUCUUAGAUGUAUUUUAAUACAUUUUAAUACUAUUAUUAAUAUUUUAAUACAUUUUAACAUACUAGUUAAAACUAGUCAGUGGUCAUAAAAACAGGGCAGUCAUAAUUACGAGGAUGUAGAAACAUAAGGGAAUCACUGACUUUUGUUUUGACCAGAUAUGAAGAUAAUACAUGUACAUACAUGUACAGGGUAUGUGUUCUCUAUGACUGAAGCUUAUGCACCAAUGUCAUGUGGAAAAUACCAUAAACAAUCUAAUUUUGUUCUUGAGUAAAAAACGUUUAUUUAUUGUUCUUUAUAGAUGUUAUACAAUCUAGUUACAUGCAAUAUAAGAUGGUAUCAUUUUUACCAAUAUAUUAAUCAGUGAAUGGUUUAUUGUUACCACAGCUUCCUCAUUAAAUGGGCAAAAAGACUCAAUCUACAGUUUGGGAUUGAACAGCAUGGGUACUGUGCUUAUUUCCGGAUCAACUGAAAAGGUAUAAAAUCCCUUACUUAAAAUGUCUAUAUGUGAAUGCGUUUGAGAAUUUUAAAAUGUGGAAGAAACAAAACGGUGGCAUUUCACUUAUCUUCUAACCACUAUUUGACAUCUUCUUUGAGCUAUAACUGCCCACUCGCAGGCACAUGGCAAAAUGGAAUCUAUUUGUUUUAUCCAAUGACAAAAAACUUUCAAGAGACACCGCAUUCUUGUCAUACUUGCCCAUUUUUGAAUGGUCAGUUUCAUUUUUUUCUCUAUAGCGUACACCAUAAGUUGUUCUUUGAGUAAAUUGCCAUGUUUAUUUUGUAGAGAAACUGAUUGAUGAAGAAUACUAAUUCCUCAGAAUAAUGAUGUUAUUGUUGCAAUCACAGUCCUUGCAUUACUUACAGUACAUGUAUCAUUGUGUUCUACAGAUUUUGAGGGUGUGGGAUCCUAGGACGUGUUCAAAAGUGAUGAAAUUAAAAGGCCACACAGACAACGUUAAAUCUAUUAUAAUCAAUGCUGAGGGUACCCAGGUAAUUUAG